AUGAAAUUGUUGCUGUUUUUCUGCGCACUGAGCUAUUUUCUACCCCCGGGAUUCGGAUCCGUCAACAGGUGCGGCACGCCGUUGUUGCAAAGAUGCUUCUGCGGUCUGCAAUUCAUAGAUAAUCUCUCUAAAUCGAUGUUCGUGGUCAAUUGCACGAACCUGGGAUUCACCAACGUCGAUAUGCUCAGCCAACUGACCGACGACACGGAAAUUCUGAUAUUCACCGGCAACCACCUCGGCACGCUGCCCAGCAACGUCUUCGGCGAGGACAGGAAUAUGACUAAAUUAAGGGUAAUCGACAUGAGCAACAACGGCAUCCACGACAUCAAGGGCAAGGCCUUCCACCACGUGGUGGGCGUGACGCGGCUGAUCCUCAACCACAACAACAUCUCGAUCGCCUCGGAGGAGGAGCGGAACUUCCACCAUCCGAGGGUGUUCUCGAACUUCUUCAACUUGGAGGAGCUGCACCUGACGAACGCCUUCACCGACAACGCGGGCGCCGCCCUGGCCGACGAUCUGCACGACAUCUUCGUCAACAGCAACCUCACCAAGCUCUACAAGCUGCACCUCGAGUGGAACGAGAUCAGGAACUUCAAGGACCAGAGGGUGUUUUGCGAUUUGCCCAACUUGCACGAUAUUUACUUGGGCGAUAAUUACAUUCCGAGUUUGAAUUUCAACGUGACGUGCUUGCCCAAACUGCGCUACCUGGAUUUGGAGAGCAACAACAUCACCAAGUUCACGCAAAGCGAUCUGGAUCGCUUGGAUGUUCUGGCGUAUCCUAACAGGAAGGACAAUCUCACGUUGAACAUCGGCUCGAAUCCUUUCCGAUGCGAUACUGCCAUCAAAAAUCUCUACAACUGGUUGCACAAAACCAAUGUAAUGGUUAAAAAUAGGGACACCUUGCAAUGCCACCAGACCAAAUACGGCACCAAGUACAUCAUGAAUUUGAAGAACCUAGCGGAAUUGAAGCACGCCAAAAUCUCCCAAGCCCUGACGGUGCUUCUGGUGAUACUGGUGCUGAUAUUGGUGACGCUCCUGGGGGCCUAUGGGUACCUGAAGAAGGACAGCAUGAGAGGGAAAUUCGGGCCUUUCCUGGAGGCCGUCAGCAGGAAGGUGCAGUACAACAGAAUAGACUCGCAGGACGUGUGA